CUCGUGCUGCUGGCGGCGGCGGCGGCGGGCCCCGGGGCGGGCGGCGCGGCGCGGCUCUACCGCGCGGGCGAGGACGCCGUGUGGGUGCUGGACAGCGGCAGCGUGCGCGGGGCCACGGCCAACAGCUCGGCCGCGUGGCUCGUGCAGUUCUACUCCUCGUGGUGCGGCCACUGCAUCGGCUACGCGCCCACCUGGCGGGCCCUGGCCGGGGACGUGCGAGACUGGGCUGCUGCCAUCCGUGUUGCCGCCCUGGACUGCGCGGAGGAGGAGAACCACGAGGUGUGCCGAGCCUAUAACAUCCACUUCUACCCCACCUUCCGGUAUUUCAAGGCAUUUACAAAGGACUUUACAACUGGAGAAAAUUUUAAAGGGCCCGACCGAGAGCUGCAGACUGUGAGGCGGACAAUGAUCGACUUCCUGCAGAACCACACGGACGGAGACAGGCCUCCUGCUUGCCCGCCUCUGGACCCCGUUCGGCCCAGUGACAUCCUUUCUCUCAUGGACAACCGUGAUAGCCGUUACGUGGCCGUCCUGUUUGAGAGCAACAGCUCCUAUGUCGGCCGUGAGGUGAUCUUAGACCUGCUUCCGUAUGAGAACAUUGUGGUGAAGAGAGUGCUGAAUACGGAUAAAGGCUUCCUGGAGAAACUCGGUGUUUCUUCCAUUCCUUCCUGUUACUUGAUUUACCCAAAUGGGACACGUGGAUUAAUUAACAUCGGGAAGCCCCUCCGAUCGUUUUUUUCCUCUUAUUUGAAGUCGUUGCCGGAUGUGAGGAAAAAAUUGCUUUCGUUGCCUGAAAAGCCCAACAAAGAAGAAAACCCCGAAAUCGUGGUUUGGAGAGAAUUUGACAGGUCGAAACUCUACACUGCGGACCUGGAGUCGGGGCUGCAUUACCUCCUGAGGGUGGAGCUGGCUGCCCACAAGUCCUUGGCGGGGGCCGAGCUGCGCACACUCAAGGACUUCGUCACUGUCCUUGCCAAGCUGUUCCCCGGCCGGGCGCCGGUCAAGAAGCUGCUAGAGACGCUGCAGGAGUGGCUGGCCAACCUUCCCCUGGACAGGAUCCCCUACAACGCCGUCCUCGACCUGGUCAACAACAAGAUGCGGAUUUCUGGAAUAUUCCUUAUUAAUCAUACGAAGUGGGUUGGAUGUCAAGGAAGCCGACCAGAGUUCAGGGGUUACACAUGUUCUCUCUGGAAAUUGUUCCACACUCUGACCGUUGAAGCUGGGACCCAUCCAGAGGCGCUGGACGGCACAGGUUUGGAGGAUGACCCCCAGGCAGUGCUGCAGACCAUCAGGAGGUACAUUCACACCUUCUUCGGCUGUAAGGAGUGCAGUGAGCAUUUUGAGGAGAUGGCUAAAGAAUCCAUGGAUUCCGUGAAGACCGCAGACCAAGCGAUUCUCUGGCUUUGGAAAAAACACAACUUAGUCAACAACCGCCUGGCUGGCCAUCUGAGCGAGGACCCCAAGUUUCCGAAGGUUCCGUGGCCCGCCCCGGACCUCUGCCCGGCCUGCCACGAAGAGAUCAAGGGCCUGCACAGCUGGAACGAGGGUCAGGUGCUCCUGUUCUUAAAGCGGCACUACAGCAGCGACAAUCUCGUGGAUGUGUAUGCGGCGGACCCGGGAGAUGCCAGCGAAGGAGGCGGCCCACCCCAGGGCGGGGAGCGGCAGCGAGGCCUCGCCUCCCCAGAGAAGCCUCAGGGAGAACAGCAUGCCAAGAGUCUCCGUCCACCCAGCAUGCUGCCUCCCAGAGCCCGCCUGCCAGACGGGCCGCAGCUCAGCCUGGAUGGGAGACUGCAGAGCGCUGGCGGGGCUGAGGGCCGCAGGGAGGCGGAGGCGGCCGUGCCCUUUCUGGGGAUGGGCUUCUCCAGCCUGGACAUGAGCCUCUGCGUCUUGCUGUACGUGGCCUCUUCCUUGUUUCUCAUGGUGAUGUACUUUUUCUUCCGAGUGCGGUCCAAGCGAUGGAAGGUCCGACAUCACCGGCCGUCGGUGUAGACCCAGGUGGGGUCACAGAAGCGCCUUUGGGAAAACAGCCCCACCGUACCACCUGCAGCUUUAAUAAAAGAUCAGGGAUUUUAUAAACACGUCAGACCCAGUUUCACACCCACUGGCGUCUGGGCUCCCAAGUCCUCGUUGGACAAGCAGUCUUCCUGUGGGGGGCAAGCCAGUCUUCGUCGUGGGACCACCCGCUCUCCUGGUGUACUCCCUGGACGCCUUGAUAGAUCCAAUGGCAAAAAGAUGUCUGUAUUUUUACUCUUCUCGGUCUAAAAAAAUGAGUGGGAGUCCCAGCUAAACGGACAGAACUUUUCCCGCCUGCCUUCAUCCUGAGUUUCUAGAUGCAUGUCGCGUUCUGCAAGCCUGGCUCGGGAUUCCGAGAACAGUGGAGCCCUUGCGCGCACUGGGAGGGCACCGGGCGAUUGUGCGCAGCCAGCCUUGGCCCAGCAGAGCUGGAGCGCGGCCCCCAGCCCACCUCACUCCCUGGCCGCGCCUCGAAGCCAGUCUGGUUCUCAGAGAUUCAUUUGUGUUUGUGCUUUUCAGCUGCUUGGUUGUUUCUGCUGAAGCAAGAGAGCAUCCCCGUGGUGCCGAAGCGGCUCAGAACCAAAGGACGACCCCUCCGUCACCUCCGUGCUCUGCAGGCCGCUUUCACUCCAGAUGCUGAGUCUGCAGCAGGAGGGAGGGGAGAGGAGGGUCUGCGGCUUUGCUGCAUUGCAAGGAACCCCACUGUUGAGCCAUGUGGGGGGCCGUGUUUGUGGGGGAGGGGACAAGAUGGUGUGGCCGAGGCCGUGCCUCGUGAAUCUGGUGGCAGGAGAGCGCUCGGUGACCACGCGCCGUCC